CCAUCCACUGCUGGAUCCCAAUUCCCAAAUAGGAAUGCACCUCACCUCUUUGAAUAUAAUGAGUGAGACAGAGACAGAGACAGUUACAGAGCCAGAGAGAGUUCAAAAAGUUCAUGCUUAUUCACGACCUCUCAGCUCAGCAAGUAGCUGGCAGAGCAACAACAACGAAUGAAUUAGAAGACUGAUCAUCACAAGUGUUAAACAAACGCCCAUCAAAACUCUAUUGAUGAAAACCAGAUCGAAUUACUAUUAUGAUGCUUCUUCCUCGUCCAGUACUUAAAUAAUUGGACCUCAAGCUCAAGGUGGGUGUAUCAGUAUUUUCAUCCAUCACCCCGUACGUCUAUUUGUAACUUCUUUCUUCCAAUUAAAUCCCAUUUUUCUAUCUCCAUUGGGUACUCAUGACUUGUACUCGUCUUUACAAGGGGGAAAAGAAAGCAAAGAACAUCCAAACAAAUAUGAGUACCAUUCCUUUCCCCGUCAAAUCUCCAGUUCUCACCUUCAUCAUCCUCACUCUCCUUCCCUGUUUCCUACACGCAUUGGGGGACGCUGCAGUCUACAAAAUAACCAGUAGAGAAGCUCUUGAAAUCAACGCAGGUCAUAGCGGCAUCAGCGGAAAAGCAGCAGCAAGUGAUCAUCCACUUGGUGAAGUCUGCAAUUGUUCGCCAUCUCCUGCACCAGACCUAGUAUUCGAAAACCAAAGGCUCGCUUUGGUGUACCCCAUAAUCCAAAGCUUCAAGAACAUUAUCACCUCCGACCCCUUGGGAAUCACCAGUACCUGGGUAGGCUCCGACAUAUGCAACUACAGGGGCUUCUACUGUGACAACCCACCUGACGAUCCGAGCGUCAGGGCUCUUGCCGGCAUUGAUUUCAAUGGCUACCAACUUGCCGCACCUACCCUCGACGGCUUCAUCGAUCUGCUCCCUGAUCUCGCCAUCUUCCAUGCCAACACCAACAACUUUACCGGCAUCAUCUCCCCGAAGAUCGCCCAACUCCGCUACUUGUACGAGCUCGACAUAAGUAACAACUUGUUCUCGGGUCAGUUCCCGACGGCGGUGCUGGGCAUGAACGGACUUUCCUUCUUGGAUAUUCGUUUUAAUUCCUUCAGCGGGUCAGUGCCAGCCCAGAUAUUCACGCAACCUCUUGACGUUCUCUUCAUAAACAACAACAACUUCAUGCAGACACUCCCAAAUAACCUGGGAAAUACUCCGGUACGCUAUCUAACGUUUGCAAACAAUAACUUCGUGGGUUCUAUUCCGCGUAGCAUCGGCAACGCUUCUGCGACCUUAGUGGAGGUGCUCUUCUUGAACAACAAGCUAUCGGGUUGCCUCCCUUACGAGAUCGGGCUGUUGACAUCGGCGACGGUGUUUGACGUUGGGAACAACUUUCUCACAGGUCCUAUCCCCUGCUCGUUUGCGUGUUUAGAGAAGAUGGAGGUGCUAAAAUUGGCGGGUAACCAGUUUUACGGCAAGAUACCGGAGGAGGUGUGCGGUCUGGGAAACCUGGCAAACUUGUCCUUGUCCGAUAAUUAUUUUAGAUACUUGGGCCCAACCUGUAGAAGUUUGAUCAAGAGAGGAGUGCUCGAUGUGAGUAACAACUGCAUUCACGGCCUUCCCAACCAGAGACCAGCAGCUGAGUGCUGGGACUUCUACUACUUCCAUCUCAAGCACUGUCCCAGCUCCCUCCCGCGGUAUAAUGCUAACGUCGUUCCUUGCAACAUCAAUCACUCUUCUCUUCAUUCCUUGCCGCCUUCGAAGACCGCAGUGUCUUUUACUUCGCCUUCUUACUCCGCACUGGUAAGUCAUCGUCGACCGCCGCCGUUGCCAUAACUACUAAUUUACUUUAAUUUCUUGAUUAUUAUUAAGAAUUGUACGUAAAGGAAAGGAUAUAUGAACCCAAGAAAGAAAAAGGUUGUCCUGCACUCUCAAAUAAGAAUAAUUACUACCAGUUUCUCUAAUGUCUAAUCCAAGGAAAGACUUGCUUGUCAAUUAUAUUUAACAUGUUUUAAUUUC